ACGCCUUCACUCACGAGCUGCUGCUGCAGCGGCUGCGAGAGUAACUCGCAGGAGGGCGGGCGGACCUCGAUAGGUGCAAGCGCACCUCGAUAGGUGCAAGUGCACGAAAGCAAACCAAAAAGAAGCUGGCCGCUGCGGCGUGCCCCACCUUCCCCGCGGCAUGCCCCGCCCUCCUUCCAUCACCUUGCCAACCACGGCGGUAGUCUGUCUAGAGCUCCUAGAAGCACAACUGUGCGGGCAUGGAGAACACAAGAACUCUUAGCCAACCCGUUCAUUGGAAAACUCUUCUUCGGCCAAUCAGUCUUCGCCUCCGCCCCUCUAUCUAGAAGUCUGUUUCCAGCAGCCAAUGGAGAAGGGAGAUUAGGGCAAGCGCAGUAGAAGGAAAGGACGCUCCCACGGAUACUAUUUCAUGAUGCUAUUUAGAAAAUUUGCACAGCCAUUACAGAGCUUAAAGAAAUUUCCACACUUCUGUGACAACAGAUACUUCUGGGGAUGGUUGAAUACGGUGUUUAACAAAGUAGAUCAUGAACGAAUAAAAGCUGUUGGUCCAGACAGAGCAGCAUCUGAAUGGCUCUUGCGUUGUGGAGCAUUGGUACAGUUCCAUGGUCAAGAAAAAUGGCAACAGGACUACAAUAAUCUUCCAACUGGUCCUUUAAACAAAUACAAGAUAAAAGCAAUUGAUGCCACUGACUCUUGUAUCAUGCACAUUGGAUUUGACUACUUGGAGGGCCUAGAACAUCUGGAAAAACUAAAGCUGUGCAAAUGUCAUUAUAUUGAAGACGAGUGUUUGGAGAGGCUUAGUCAAAUUAAAAACUUACAGAAAAGCAUAUUAGAGUUGGAAAUAAUUUCCUGUGGGAAUGUCACAGAAAGGGGUGUAAUUUCAUUGCAUCACCUAAGAAACCUUCAAUAUUUGUUGCUACAGGACCUUCCUGGAAUAUCAAACAAAAACAAUGUUAAUGAAAUAUUUCAGAAUUCAUUACCUUCUCUGAAGCUAAAAUUAGACCUCCAGUAAAAAAACAAACAAAUCAAAAAAAAAUUAACAAUAAUAGUUUUUUUCAGUAGUUCACUUAUAAUCUAUGAAUAGGGUUAACUAAAAAAGCAUGAGGAAAUAGCUGUGUCUAAGAGUUGAGAUUCACAAGUUAGACACAAGUCACUAAUAGGACAACAUUGAUUCAUUUUAUGAAUUUUUAGCAUGGCAGAAGGGUUGCAGAGUCUGUUAUAUAUGGAAAUACAAAACACUCAGAUCUCACUUUGGAAGGUUAUUGAUUUGAAAGUGAGAAUUUAUGUACAUAAAGAGGAUUUUAUUUGAGAAAAUGCAAAGCAUUAUUUGUAAUAUAUCUCAAAGAAACUAUAGAAUUGUUCACAAUAGUAUUAAGAUAUGCAGUAUAGCUGUUCUGUAUUCUGCACUUCAAUCAUUUGAAUUUCAUUACAACAACUUAUGACUGAAUUCAAUAUAAUAUCUACACUAAAAAGAUUUUGAAACUGUAUAGUAAGUUUCUCCAAGCAGAGUGGGAAGGGAAGGCAACUGAACAAUGACUAGUCUUCUGUUUCUCUUAGCAUGUGUUUUAUAUUGCAUGCAUCAAAUCAUUCACAUCAUGUCAUUCAUAUGGAGUUUUUGAAGUUACACUGGCUUCCAGUGCCCUUUGCUCCACUCAUACUAUACUUUUAGAAUGUGAAGAAUUGCCUAUUGAUUUAUUGUAAACCCGAGGUUUUCUUGAAGAAAGAUGUACCUGGGUAGUGAAAAGCUCAAAUAGCUCUAAACAAAUAAAAAGAUAACUAUCAUGAAGAUUAAAGAUUGUAAGAGUAGCACUCUAUUAAAGUUUUCAUAAAUAGAAUUGCAUUAUUAUAUAGGAAACUUUAAUUUGUUGAUUAGAAAUCUAUUUUUUCUCCUUUUACUGUUGGCCACUCUUCCCUUUUGAUCUGAGUUGUUAAGAUAUCAAAAAGAGAAUUAGGUCCAAACAAUUCAAUAUCUAGAAAACAAGAGUGAAGAAUGAUGAUCUAUACUAAAGAAAUGAAAAAUUUUUAAAUAA